AUGACUCAAUCCAACAAACAACCAAAGAAAAAACUCAUCCUCAAUGCUUUCGCCAUGGCCUGUAGUGGUCACCAAGCCCCGGGACUCUGGAAACACCCGGAAGAUCAAUCUCGCCAUUACAACACCAUCGAAUACUGGACCCAUCUCGCUCAACUCUUAGAACGUGGGAAAUUUAACGCCUUCUUCCUCGCUGAUGUUCUUGGUGGAUAUGAUGUCUAUAAUGGUCCUCAUAAUAUUACUGCGGCUGCUAGUUCCGGUGCGCAAUUUCCCGUGGGGGAUCCAUCUGCAGUUGUGAGUGCUAUGGCUGCCGUGACUAAGAAUAUUGGAUUCGGGUUGACUUAUUCGACCAUUAGUGAGGCUCCUUAUCAUUUCGUGAAGAGGAUUGGAAGUUUGGAUCAUUUGACUAAGGGGAGGAUUGGUUGGAAUGUUGUGAGUUCAUAUUUGGAUUCUGCUGCUAGGAAUUUAUUAAAUGGUGACCCAUUGCCUCCACAUUCGGAAAGAUAUGAAAGGGCCGAGGAAUAUAUUGAGGUGGUAUAUAAGUUGUUUUUAUCCUCUUGGGCUGAAGAUGCAGUUGAAUUGAAAGAUGGGGUAUUCACGAAUCCUGAAAAGGUUAGAGAAAUUAAUCAUAAGGGGAGACAUUUUGUUGUUCCUGGUCCAAAUAUUGUCGAACCAAUUCCUCAAAGAUUACCAGUUAUUUUACAAGCAGGUACUUCUAAAGCUGGUAAGGAAUUCGCCGCCAAGAAUGCCGAAGUUGUCUUCAUCACCACAUUCACUCCAGAAGUCUUAGGUAAACAAAUCGCCG